UCAUGAACCUGAUGGUGUACUCUCAGCCAUUGUGCUAAAUACCCCGAGCACACGGGUCAUAUUUCGUGUUUAAUCUAACUUGAGUUAUUAUCUCGCACGUAAAUUACAAUAAUUCGUACAGAUCGCGGGCAUUAAAUAGUGUAUUUACUUGUCAAUUUUAUAAAUUUUAUUACUCACACAUAUAUUUUUAGAGUUCAGUACCCCUUUGUUCAUUUUACAUCCGUAUUGAUGGUACGCUGAGUUAGUUGUAAUAAAACGAAAGAAUUUCUAACGUAUAUUCGUAAAUUAACCUGUCACACGUUCGUGAUUGUUCGCGAUCGAAGCUCUUGUAUAUUCUGAACAAGGCCAUUCAAGGGAAUUCAUCAUAUCACAAAUAACAGCUAAACAGUUGCUACUGUAAUAAUAUAUCAGCGUAGAAAUAAAUUAAUAUCAGCAUGGCCGAUGAAGUUAUGGACCUAGACAUGGAUGUUAACGACGAGAUAGUAAUUUCCGACUCUGAAGACAGCCCUGUAAAUACAGCUGAAGAACUGGCUGAGAUUCAAAUGGAAGAAGCCAAAAAGUACUAUACUGACAAGCAAUACAAAUCAGCACUGGCGUCUUAUUCAAAAGCUAUAGAGUACUGUCCCAAUGUAGCCAAGUAUUAUGGUAACCGGGCAGCAUGCUAUAUGAUGCUUGAGUUGUAUCGCGAAGCUUUGGUUGAUUCGAGAAAAAGUAUCGAGAUUGACCCGACUUUUGUUAAGGGGUAUACAAGAACUAUAAGGUGUUGCUUGAAAAUGGGGGAGAUAGUUGAAGCAGAAACCUUAUUAAAUAAAUUAAACACAAUAGAUCCAACAGCUGCUAAAUCAACUACUACAGAAUCCCAGGAAAUAAGUUAUGUCCAGCGUUUUCUUAAAGAAGCUAACGCUGCACUUGAGUCCAAGGAUUAUCGUAAAGUUGUGUACUGCAUGGAUCGUUGCUGCGAUGUAAGUAGAUAUUGUCCGCGAUUCAAGCUGAUGAAAGCUGAAAGUUUGACUCACUUGGAAAGGUAUCAGGAAGCUCAAGAAAUAGCAAAUGACAUUUUACAUUUAGACCGGUCAAAUGUCGACGCUACUUAUGUACGUGGUGUGUGUUUGUAUUAUCAGGACAAUGUUGAUCGAGCAUUUGCACACUUUCAAGAAGUACUUAGGCUUGCUCCUGACUACGUAAAAGCUCUGGAGAUGUAUAAGAAAGCAAAGUUAUUGAAGCAGAAGAAAGAAGAUGGUAAUGUCGCGUUCAAAGCAGGGCGAUACCAAGAAGCGUAUAAUCUUUACAGCGAAGCAUUGACAAUCGAUCCGCAAAAUAAAAUGAACAACACUAAAUUACAUUACAAUCGUGCAUUGACUGCUUCCAAGUUAGGAAGAUUGAAUGAAGCGAUAACGGAAUGUACCGAAGCACUUAAACUUGAUGACAAUUAUUUGAAAGCUUUGUUGAAACGUGGAGCCUGUUAUAUGGAGCUUCAGGAGUAUGAAGAUGCCGUACGCGAUUACGAAAAGGCGUGUAAGAUAAAUAAAUCUCGUGAUAACCGACGCCUGCUUCUUGAAGCUAAAGAAGCACUUAAGCGAUCUAAGAAAAAAGAUUACUACAAGAUCCUGGGUGUUGAAAAAACAGCUUCCACUGAGGACAUCAAGAAAGCCUACAGAAAAAGAGCCCUGGUUCAUCAUCCAGAUCGGCAUUCAAAUGCUUCCGACACCGAGAAGAAAGAACAAGAGAAGAAGUUUAAGGAAAUCGGCGAGGCUUACACCAUUCUUUCUGACCCGAAAAAACGCUCCAGAUACGACAGAGGAGGUGACAUAGAUGAGAUGGAGACUGGUUUUGAUCUUUCUAACUUUGGCACUGACUCAGCGUUUGCGGCCUUCUUCUCAAAGCCUGACACCGGUGGAUUCCACUUCCAGUUUGCUGGAUACAACGACAGCCCUCCAUUUUGAUGCCCAAAAUCACGGGCCCGAAGUUUUGAAUUAUAAAAAAAUAUUACAUUUAGUUACCGACAUAAUAGUUAUGAAUCCAACUAAAAACACACGGUUUAUUAUUUUAAGACAACACAUCAGCUUGUGUGUUCGACUGUUUUACUUUAAUUAAUGAUGAUAGCAGUAAUAAUAUUAAUGAUAAUCAUAAUCAUAAUAAUAA